GUUGCUGCUGGCCACUGUCAGAGACUCCAUCCACGCCGCCCGACGCUCCGCGACCCCGAUUCCAGCGUUUGAAUUCGAAAGGUUUUACGCGCACGCGAUGAGGGUCUUUAUUAUUUCGACAGUGACCGUGUUGUGCGUCAUGACGAUACCCUGCGCGGAGGCUAUCCACGGAUUGUACAAUUUCGGACAGCAUGACUUAUUCUACAAAAAGAACAACUGCAAGCCGAUCCCCGCCAAUCUCCUCCUGUGCAACGACAUCGAGUACACGGAGAUGCACCUCCCGAACCUGCUCGGCCACGAAACCAUGAACGAGGUGCUGCAGCAAGCGUCGUCCUGGAUCCCGCUGGUGCAGAAGCAGUGCCACCCGGACACGAGGAAAUUCCUCUGCUCCCUCUUCGCUCCCGUCUGCCUGGACGAUUUGGACGAGCCCAUACAGCCGUGCCGGUCCCUGUGCGAGAGCGUCCGGAACGGCUGCGCGCCCGUCAUGUCCGCCUUCGGCUUCCCUUGGCCAAAGAUGUUGGACUGCGACCGUUUCCCCCUCGACAACGACCUGUGCAUCCCGCCUGCAGGCAUCGAGAACUUUGUGCCAGUCACCAAAGAGGUGCCCAGGGUGUGUGAUGCCUGCAAGGAAACGGAUGAAAAUGACAAUGAAAUUGUUGACAACCUGUGUAAGAAUGACUUUGCUCUGAAGAUCAAAGUGAAAGAGAUCUCCUACAUCAACGGGGACACCAAGAUAGUCCCCGAGAACAAGAGCAAGACCAUCUACAAGCUGAACGGCGUGACGGAGCGCGAGCUGAGGAAGACGGCGCUGUGGCUGAAGGACGGCCUGCAGUGCAUCUGCGAGGAGAUGAACGACAUCCACGCCGCCUACCUGGUCAUGGGCCAGAAGAUGGACGGCCACCUGGUCAUCACCUCGCUGAAGCGCUGGCAGAAGGGACAGCGAGAGUUUAAGAGGAUUUCCCGCAGCAUCCGCAAGCUGCAGUGCUAG